AUGGAUAAUGUCAUACAUAUCAAAGAUGUUCCAUUUGGAAUGCAUAAAUGGACAUCAAAGAUUGUUGUCCAAGAGAAACAACAGGUGACUUCAGCAAGGAGCACGCCAACGAAGAAACAAAAGUUUAUCUUCGUUGAUGCAGAGGGAUCAAAAGUUGAAGGGAUUAUAUUUAACACAGAUAUUCCUGUCAUGAGCCCAAGGAUUGAAGUGUAUAAGAGUUAUCUCAUUUCCAAUGCUGAGGUUAAAAAAAUCCCCAAUGAAUUCAGAGUUCCAGGAAUAAGUGCACAAUGGAUUAUUUCUGCUCGAACUGUUGUUGAAGAGGUUAUGCAAGAAGAGGAUCUCAUGCCCUGCAAGUUUAGCUAUACAGAGUUCAAAGAUCUAUCACAGUAUAUGGAUCGAAAAGAUAAAUCUGUUGAUGUUCUUGGAAUCAUUGUUACUGCACUGGAGAAGAAGCUUGUCAUUCGAAAAUCAGAGGAGUCAUACGUGCAAAAGUUUGUAAUUGUCAAUGAAGACCUACAGCCAAUCAUGCUGUCGAUGUGUGAUGCUUUCAUUGAAAAUGAGGGUGCGAGAAUUAUAGCAGAUCUUCGAAACUAUCCAGUUAUCAUUGGAAGGCGGCUCAAAGUAUCAAAUUACAAUGGAGUUGCUCUGACAACUUGGUUUGACUCAGCUGUUCUUGUUGACCCCCCAAUACAGGAAGCAAGAGCCAUGAAGAACUGGGCUAUGAGAAAUUACAAAUUUCUUGCAGAUAUUGUUAACCAAGAGACAUAUAACAGAUGUCGACUUGAUGUUGAUUUAACUGAUGCCACUGGAACCAUUACAGCUACACUCUUUGGUGACUUAGCUGAACAACUUUUGUCAUUUACGGCUGUUGAAGUAAUGGAACACUUUAAUCAGAAUAUGGAGCUUCCAUUGGAAAAGCUGCAUCAGGAACUCAAAUCAAAAAUAUUUAUAGCUCACAUCAAGCCUGUCCAGACCCCACUGGCAGAUGGAAAACGUCGCUAUACACUGCAGCACUAUAAGGAGUAUUCUACCAUAGACUCUCCUCCAGUAAAGCUGGCUGCCGAAUGCUCGUCUUCAAGAGCUAAAACUUCUCUCACUCAGAGAUUCAAUGAAUCUGAUGAUGCUCAGGAAACUGACCUACUUACUGUCGACGGCAAUCCACUCAAAAAAACUAAGUUGAACUAA